GUACGCCCCUCCGCCGCCCGCGAGAGAACGUGCGGUGCAGCGGGAGGCGGCGACGGCGCCGGACCUGGAGCGGCCGGCGGGCGCCGGGAAGCAGGACGCUGGCGCCGGCGAGGAAGUAGGUCCCGGGCGCGGCGCUCAACAAAGAGUGGGGCCGCCCCCCUCAGGCGGAGCUGCGGGCAGAGGCUCCAUGUUGGGAAGCGGCGCCGCUCGUCCUCGUUAGCGGGAAUCGGGGCGCCGCGGGCAGAGCCGGCGGGAGCCGGGCCCUGAGCGAAGAUGGAGGCCCCUCUGCGGCCUGGCGCGGACAUCCUGAGGCGGAACCCGCAGCAGGACUACGAGCUCGUUCAGAGGGUCGGCAGCGGCACCUACGGGGACGUCUAUAAGGCCAGAAAUAUACAUACGGGAGAGCUGGCUGCAGUAAAAAUUAUCAAAUUGGAGCCUGGAGAUGAUUUUUCUUUGAUUCAACAAGAGAUAUUUAUGGUUAAAGAAUGUAAGCAUUGCAACAUUGUUGCCUACUUUGGGAGCUAUCUCAGUCGGGAAAAACUAUGGAUUUGUAUGGAAUACUGUGGUGGCGGAUCACUUCAAGAUAUUUACCAUGUUACAGGACCAUUAUCAGAAUUGCAAAUAGCCUAUGUAUGCAGAGAAACUUUACAGGGUCUUGCCUAUUUGCAUACUAAAGGCAAAAUGCAUAGAGAUAUCAAGGGUGCAAAUAUUUUAUUGACAGAUCAUGGUGAUGUAAAAUUAGCUGACUUCGGUGUGGCUGCAAAAAUAACAGCUACCAUUGCCAAGAGAAAAUCUUUCAUUGGCACCCCUUAUUGGAUGGCCCCAGAAGUUGCAGCAGUAGAAAAGAAUGGUGGCUACAACCAACUCUGUGAUAUCUGGGCAGUAGGAAUAACAGCAAUUGAACUUGGAGAACUUCAGCCACCUAUGUUUGAUCUUCAUCCCAUGAGGGCCCUCUUCUUAAUGUCAAAAAGUAAUUUUCAGCCUCCGAAACUAAAGGACAAAACAAAAUGGUCAUCAACAUUCCAUAAUUUUGUCAAAAUAGCACUAACCAAAAACCCCAAAAAAAGACCAACCGCUGAAAGACUUCUGACUCAUACAUUUGUAGGACAGCCAGGUCUCUCUAGGGCCCUAGCAGUUGAACUGUUGGACAAAGUGAAUAAUCCAGACAACCAUGCACAUUACCCUGAAGGAGAUGAUGAUGACUUUGAGCCCCAUGCAGUCAUUCGUCAUACCAUUAGAUCUACGAACAGGAAUGCCAGAGCUGAACGGACAGCUUCAGAAAUAAAUUUUGACAAAUUACAAUUUGAACCUCCUCUGAGAAAAGAAACAGAAGCACGGGAUGAAAUGGGAGUGUCUUCAGACCCAAACUUUCUGUUACGGUGGAAUCCUUUUGUUGAUGGUGCAAAUACUGGCAAAUCAACCUCAAAACGUGCAAUACCACCUCCCCUACCUCCUAAGCCAAGGAUAAACAGUUACCCUGAAGACAACCUCCCAGAUGAAGAAAAGUCAUCAACUGUAAAACGUCGUCCUGACUCAGAGAACAGAGCUCCCCAAGUUCUCAGAAGACAGAGUAGCCCAAGUUGUUGUCCUGUAGCUGAGACUUCCUCUAUUGGUAUGGCUAGCAGUAUCAGCAGGCCUGGAGUGCAUACAGCUAGAUACUGUGAUCUCGGAAAUGGUGAUGGUAUUUCAAAACUGAUUAGUGAAAACACAGAAGGAUCAGCGCAAGCACCACAGUUACCACGAAAAAAGGACAAGCGAGAUUUCCCUAAACCAGUAAUCAAUGGCCUCCCACCCACCCCAAAAGUGCUGAUGGGAGCAUGUUUUUCCAAAGUUUUUGAUGGCUGUCCUUUGAAAAUAAAUUGUGCAACAUCCUGGAUACAUCCUGAUACAAAAGAUCAGUACAUUAUUUUUGGAACUGAAGAUGGUAUUUAUACAUUGAAUCUCAAUGAACUACAUGAGGCAACGAUGGAACAGUUAUUUCCACGGAAGUGUACUUGGCUCUAUGUCAUCAAUAAUACUUUAAUGUCAUUGUCAGGAAAAACCUUUCAGCUCUACUCUCAUAAUCUUAUAGCUUUGUUUGAACAAGCCAAAAAACCAGGACUAGCUGCCCAUAUUCAAACUCAUAGGUUUCCAGACCGCAUACUACCAAGAAAGUUCGCUUUAACAACAAAGAUUCCUGAUACAAAAGGCUGCCACAAAUGUUGCAUAGUCAGAAACCCUUACACAGGACAUAAAUACCUCUGUGGAGCUUUACAGUCUGGAAUUGUAUUACUUCAGUGGUAUGAGCCAAUGCAGAAAUUCAUGUUAAUAAAGCACUUUGAUUUUCCUUUGCCAAGUCCUUUGAAUGUUUUUGAAAUGCUGGUAAUACCAGAACAGGAAUACCCUAUGGUCUGUGUAGCUAUUAGCAAGGGCACCGAAUUAAAUCAGGUAGUUCAGUUUGAGACAAUCAAUUUGAACUCUGCAUCUUCAUGGUUUACAGAAAUUGGUGGAGGCAGCCAACAGUUAGAUUCCAUUCAUGUAACACAGUUGGAGAGAGAUACUGUUUUAGUAUGUUUAGACAAAUUUGUAAAAAUUGUAAAUCUACAAGGAAAACUAAAAUCAAGUAAGAAACUGGCCUCUGAGCUAAGUUUUGAUUUUCGCAUUGAAUCUGUAGUAUGCCUUCAAGACAGUGUGUUGGCUUUCUGGAAACAUGGAAUGCAGGGUAAAAGCUUCAAAUCAGAUGAGGUUACCCAGGAGAUUUCAGAUGAAACAAGAGUUUUCCGCUUAUUAGGAUCAGACAGGGUUGUUGUUUUGGAAAGUAGGCCAACAGAAAAUCCUACUGCACACAGCAAUCUUUACAUCUUGGCUGGACAUGAAAAUAGUUACUAAGCAACAGAAAUUGGUCUCAAAUGACAGGAAAAUGAAUACACUCCAUUGAAAGCAAAAAUAUCUUAAGGAAAUUCGGUACAAACUACACUAUGAUUUGCUUUGUUAUGGGUUAUAUCUCAAAUGAUCUGUACUUUAAGGUAGAAUUCAAUAUUUUCUGUAGCUGGAAACAGCUAUUCUAUCUCUUGCCACUAUGUGGUGGUUUUAUCAAGUUUGCUUAAUAAAAGCUAUGAGACAAAUAGUUCUCUAGUUCCAGGAAACACAGUCUUUUUUAAAAAAAUGUUUGUAACAAGGAUGCCAUGAUAUUUUUAGAUAACAACUCGUGAUUAUCUUCAGAGAGAUAAAUUUAGUGACAGUUUUCUCAUUUUAUACCAUGUUUUAUUCCUUCCUAAUGAACAUAAUUUGAUAAAGAAAUUAUCAGGUAAGACUUUCACUUUUACAUUGGCCAUUCUGUAUGUUUUUGUAAAAUAGAAUAUUUAAUCCUUAUUUAUUAAUCUCUUGCUGGAGUGGUGUAAUGUAUCUAACUUUUAGCAAAGGAAGGUUGCAGAGCAGCUUAAAUUUUUUUAUAAUAUAUAAAAAUUUUGUUUACCUUUUAAGACUAGUACUUUGAGGGUUUAAAGGCUGUGUUUGGAGGUUCAAUACAUACAUGCAAUAUUAUUUAACACAAGUAUUUUGUAAUAUAAUAUCAUCCAGAAUUGCCUUAAAAGAGAAUUUUGUGUUUUCAACUACAUAUAAUUGUAAGGGGUCAUACAGAAGAUAAUGAUGAUGGUUGAAAUAUUGUUAGAAAGAGUGUGUAUUUCUAGAUGUGACUACCGUGUGUAUGUAUUCUUGACAAGCAGUAUAAUAUACCUGUGAUUUUUUUUUACAUUAGGGAUAAUGCAUAAGAAAUUAAUCUUCAUAUAUAUUAUCAUCCCUAAUGUAGGGGGGAAAAGUGUUUAACUGCCUGUGAUAUGUAUUUUACUUAUAUUAUACCAGAGGGGAAACUGUAAAGCAACUACAUGUGUAUUCUUGGGUUUUUCACAUAUAUAGAUCUUCAUUUUGAGUAGGUUUUAAAAAAAAAAAUCUUUAAAUGAAAUUUAAUUCCUGAUGGGAUAGUAUAAAUAAGUAUUAUAAAAAUCAGUAUUCUAAAGAUAAGUAAGGAUUGGGCCAUUCUUGAGUUUUCUUCCUUUCUGCUAUUGUUAGUAUUCAAAAUGAAAGCAUCACACUGGUACCUAUUGUCUUAAUGCAUUUAACAGUUAUUGUUGAGAUGAUGAACAAGGGGGUGGCAAGAGCAGACUAUAGAUUCAUUUUCAGCAGUUCCUUUAGAGGAAGACAGUGUAACUAUCUCAUUUGGUCUUUAGCAGUCCUGUAUAGUAGGUAUUAUCAUCAUCUCCUUUUUUUAGAUGAGGAGAUAAUGGGUUAGCAAGGUUAAGAGACUUAACCCAAUUCACACAGCAAGUUAGUGGUUGAGGCAGACCAUGAGUCUUGUGACUCUGUUCUUUUCACUAUGCAAUAUGCAAACAAUAAAAUAUUAUGCAAAUGAGAUAUAUAAAGUAUUGUCCUUUAAAAAUGCUAUGAUUUCAGUAAGUGUGUUGCUGUUUAUUUUGGGUAUGUUAAAUGGGGCCUCUGGACUGAAGGACACUGGAUACAAUAGAUGGCAGGGGACCAUACUCAAAACAGGAAACAUUUACAUUCUGGAUACAAAGACCAAUAUCCUUCUCCUCCUCUCUGAAUCCUGGCAGCCAGAUCUUCACAUCCUAAUACUGAAGAGUCUUCUCUGCUCCAUCUGGUCAGUGCAAGUGGAAAGACCUAAAAAGAUCCUGACAUCAGAAGUGUCCUGGCUAAACUGCCCAGCUGGAUAACUCUACAGUGAAAAUCGUAAUGUGCCCACCACCCCAUGCAUGCAUCCAGAGCUUGCAGUUAGUCUUUUAGUCCUAUGCUAUUAAAAAUUAUUAAACAGGGACUUCCCUGGUGAUCCAGUGGGUAAUACUCCACGCUCCCAAUGCAGGGGGCCUAGGUUCUAUUCCUGGUUGGGGAACUAGAUCCCGCAUGCAUGCCACAACUAAGAAGCCCGCAUACCACAAUGAAUAUCCCACAUGCCACAACUAAGACCCAGUGCAGCCAAAAUAAAUAUUUUAAAAUAAUAAUAAAAAUAAUUAAA